CACAACCAUAACACACCCGCCCUCCAAACCCACCAUCAUGACCCGCGCCACCAACUUCACCGAGCUGUACUCGGGCAAAGGCAUCCUGGAGACAUACCUGAUCGCCGAGAAGAUUACGCGGUACUUCACGGAGGAUUUGAUCGCCCUCUCCGGGGUGCUGGCGUCGAAGCAGCGGCCGCUGAAGGUGCUGGACCUGGCCUGCGGAACGGGGGUGGUGUCUGAGAAGCUUCACGAGGUGCUGGCGGACCAGCCGGUGGGCUGCUGGGCGCUGGUGUGCGGCGACAUCUCGACGGAGCUGACAGGCCACGUCCAGCGCAAGAUCGUCGAGGAAGGGUGGUCGGCCAACUCGAGCGCGCGGGUGAUGGACGCGCAGAACACGGAGCUGCCGGCCGCGGAGUUGACGCAUGUGUUUGCGGCGCUGGCGUGGACGUCGUUCCCGGAUACCUACGCCGCGUUGAACGAUACCCUCCGCAUCCUCAAGCCUGGGGGAGUAUUGACCAUCUCCACCUGGCAGAAGACGGAAUGGCUCCCCGUCCUCGAAGCGGCGGUGCGCACCAUUCCCGCCGACGCUGCCCUCCCCUUCCCGACGACCAAGGAGUUUAUGUCGUGCAUGAACCCGGGCUGGGACGACGAGGCGUACGUGCGCGGCCGCCUCGAGGAGGCCGGCUUCGUGCGCGUGCACACCACCACCAUCUCCAAGGAGUUCCACACCUCCACCGCUGACCUGUACAAGAUUGCCGCGCCCGUCAUCCCCAUCAUCGUGAGUAAGUGGUGGUCUGCCGCGCAGCGCGAGGCCCACGAAGCGGCUAUCCUGCCGGCGCUGGAGAGAUAUCUGGAGAAGACGUACGGGGCGACUGGGUUGGUGCCGCAGAGGUGGACGGCAGUCUUUGCCAAGGGGGAGAAGAGGGAGUAAGUAGUCCUUGGUUGGGAGUUGCAUUCGGGGCUUUAGGUUGAAUGUUGGGUGCUGGCUGCUCUGCUGGAUUUCGAC